CGGGUGAUGUAGAACUUAAAAUAAUUACACAGACGCCAUUUCUGUUGGGAGAGGUCGAACAGCGUUUAGUGGACAUGAAAGCGAUGGCAUUAGGUUUCUACUCCCAGUCCCAGUCUCACACCUGACAGCAAAAUGUCUGACAAAGGAACCUUCGAUACCAAUGUGCUGACCCUCACCAGGUUUGUUCUGGAGGAGGGCAGGAAGGCCCAUGGAACAGGAGAGCUGACGAACCUGCUGAACUCCAUCUGCACAGCUGUCAAAGCCAUCUCAACUGCUGUCAGGAAGGCUGGGAUUGCUAACCUAUAUGGCAUCGCUGGAAGCACCAAUGUGACAGGGGACCAGGUGAAGAAGCUGGACGUCCUGUCCAAUGACCUGGUCAUCAACAUGAUCAAGUCCUCAUUCACUUCCUGUGUGCUGGUGUCAGAGGAAGACGAGAAGGCCAUCAUUGUAGAACCAGACAAGAGAGGAAAAUACAUUGUGUGCUUUGAUCCACUGGAUGGUUCCUCAAACAUCGACUGUCUUGUCUCGAUUGGAACAAUCUUCGCUAUCUACAAAAAGACCACAGAUGAUGAGCCAAAUGAGAAGGAUGCUCUGCAGCCUGGAAGAAAGCUUGUGGCAGCUGGUUAUGCUCUGUACGGCAGUGCCACCAUGAUGGUCCUCUCCACUGGUCAAGGAGUCAACUGCUUUAUGCUCGACCCUUCGAUCGGUGAGUUCAUCUUGGUAGAUCGGGAUGUGAAGAUAAAGAAGAAGGGAAAAAUCUACAGUUUGAAUGAGGGAUAUGCACAGCAUUUUUACCCAGAUGUGACAGAGUAUCUACAAAAGAAGAAAUACCCAGAGGAUGGCUCUGCUCCAUAUGGCAGUCGAUAUGUUGGCUCCAUGGUAGCUGAUGUUCAUCGUACUUUGGUGUAUGGAGGGAUCUUUUUAUAUCCUGCUAAUGUCAAGAGUCCUAAGGGCAAGCUAAGGCUGCUGUAUGAAUGCAACCCCAUGGCCUUCAUCAUGGAGCAGGCAGGAGGCAUGGCCACUACAGGAGCCAUGAAUGUUCUGGACGUCCAGCCCACCAACAUUCACCAGAGAGUCCCCGUGAUCAUGGGAUCCCCUGAUGAUGUGCAGGAGUAUAUUUCCAUCUUUAAGAAGCAUAACAAAUGA